AUGGAUCAGGACAGCAGCGACGAGGAGCGGACGGCGUCGGCGCACCACCAUCCCGAAAAGGAAGCCGAGGUCGAUCGGCAGAAGCAGGACGCCAUCCGUGCGGCGUGCCACGACGCAGACGUGUCCGCGCUGCAGCGCCUCGCCGAGGAGGAGGGCGGCUUCCUGACCGACAGUCUGCGCCAGCUCGCUUGGCCGAUACUACUAGGUUUGCCUGCGCCGCGCAUUGAUGCUGCUCAGGACGAGCCGCUGCCCAAGUCCGAGCAUCAUGUCGAUGGUGGCAGCGACAGCUGGAAAGAGCUGCCUCGUCACCGCGACGAGGACCAGGUGCAGCUUGACGUGAACCGUUCCUUUGUCUACUACCCCCAUGACCUCUCCGAUUGCGACCUCGAGUGCCGCCGAAGCCAGCUCUCGGCGCUGAUAUCGCACGUCCUCCGCGUCCAUCCCUACUUGUGCUACUUUCAGGGCUACCACGACAUCUGCCAGGUGCUUCUGCUCGUCCUCGGCCCCGCGCGGGCCGCCCCGUGCGUCGCCCGCCUCUCCGUCCUCCGCAUCCGCGACUUUAUGCUGCCCAACCUCGGCCCCACGACGGCCCAGUUGCGGCUGCUCCCCGACAUUCUCGCCGCCGCCGACCCGGCCCUCCGCGCGCACGUCGCCACCGUCGAGCCGUUCUACGCCCUCGCCGGCACUCUCACUAUGUACGCUCACAAUAUUGAAGCCUACCGCGACAUUGCCCGCCUCUUUGACGCGCUACUCGCCCGCGAGCCCGUCUUUAGCCUUUACGUCUUUGCUCAAAUCGUCAUCGACCGCCGCGACGAGAUCCUCGCCAUCGACGAGCCCGACCUGCUGCAGGUCGUCCUCGCGCGCGUGCCCUCGGCCGGCAUGGACAUUGACCGGCUCGUCGCCCGCGCCGCCGAGCUCUUCCGACGCUACCCGCCCGAGACUUUGCCUGCCUGGCGCCGCAUAUCCCGCGCUAGCGCCCUCAAGACGGCCCGUGAUGCGACGCACGCCGCCAAGCAGACACUCGUCGAGGGCGCCGCCUUGUUCGAUAAGCAGGCCAAGGAGCUGCGGUGGCUGGACCUUCGCAACUCGGCCCUCUCCGUCGCGUGGGCGUACCGCCGUCCGGCCAAGGCGCUGGGUAUGGCCAUGGCCGUCGGUCUCGUCGCUUUCUACAUGCGUCGCAAUCCCGCUCUGUUGACCACGGUCAUGUCUUUGUUCUCUAAAUGA